AUGUAUCCGACGUACGGAAUGAUAGCAAGUCAUUUAUGCUUCAUACGGAAGCCGGACGAGAGUUCAAUAGGGCCAUUUGUGGUGAUGCAAAUGCCGUUGAUAUUAAAUCACGAAGUGCAACGAUUUGUACAUGGCUUAAAGAGUGUCGAACACAACAUCCUGCCUGUCAAAGGCAAAUUUCUGGUCAAACUAGUUCCAACCGCGGAAGUUGACCUGCGAAGCGAACCUUAUCUCGUCCUCAGUCACGUAUGGGGCGAUACCAACUCGAGUUUCAAAACAUUAAAGUCCACCGUCUCACGUUACCAGAAAGUUGGCAUUGAUUUCAACAUCUUACCCAAGACUUUUCAGGAUGCUGUAAGAAUUACGGCCGCUAUCGGGGUCGAGUAUAUUUGGAUAGAUAGCUUAUGCAUUAUACAAGACUACGAAGAGGACUGGCAACACGAAAGUACUAAGAUGGCAGCGAUUUAUCAUAUGGCUACCGUUACACUUUCUGCAACUAGCGCAAACAAUGGAGAUGGAGGCUGUGGACUGGAUACGGACUUUGGACAGAUAAUGCGGUUUUGCAACACCCCCGGGGGAAUUCCGGGCUUCGCCGCUAGGGAAAUAACGGAAAGUAUUCCAAGCCCUGCUACUAUGCUGAAAGGUCAACUGCGUAACUCACCAGUUAACCGGCGGGGGUGGAUACUACAAGAACAGCAGCUUUCGCGUAGGAUUCUACACGCCAUGGACUCUCAAUUUGUAUGGGAGUGUGGUAUGAUCACGGAAAGUGAGGACGGCACAGUAUACGAACAGGGAAGAAACAGUUCAAUGGUCAAGAGUUUGGGUCGUCCUGACAAUGGCAUAAGACAGAGUCCUUAUAAUGAUGCGGAUUACCACUUGGACAUUUACAACUCUGGCUACCCUUGGUGGAAAUGCCUAGUCGACUACUCGAGUCGCUCUCUUUCUCGUCCAGAAGAUCAAUACGCUGCCCUAGCUGGUAUUGUGCAGUUUCGCCACAAGAUCACUGGGGACUUACCUGUAGUAGGCCUCUGGGAACAAUAUCUGGCUAUUCAUUUAGCAUGGGGUGUCUAUCACAACCCUCGUGAGCAUAGCGUACCUCUGUGGAAUGCAGCUUGUCGCCGGCCGAGCUGGACAUGGAUGACCUUUCAACAUGGCAGUGUCAAGCUUUUACAUCCAAUAUCAUGGCCGGUACUACAGAGUGUUGGGUCCAGAGAAGGAGACUUGGGUAUCAUAUACCAAGCUCAUGUCUUGCACACAAAUGUCAGAUGGAGCGGUCGGCCCUUGAUAUCUGAUCCAACGAGGAGCACGAUUCGUGUUCGCGGAAUGAUACAUUGCAGACCACGGCCCAAACCAGUUCGGCACGGUGUUCUCAGUCCAUUACAUUUGGACCCGGGAGUUCCUGAGCAAACCGACGCAAAUGCAGAGUACAGUGCGCUCGCCCUUUUCACCUACGUGCAGAGCGCUGCCUUGACGAACCAACCGCCCUUUGCAACGACGGUAUACUUGAUUAUUCAGGCGACGAAUUUAGAAGACGAUGACGAAUAUAUGCGCAUCGGCAGAAUGCAAUUGACGGAGCCAUUUGAGAUGAAUCGUCGACAUGGGUACCUACCUGAGGGUGUUGAGAGGGUCAUUACUCUUGUCUAA